AUGUCUUUUCUACUCAUCUCAGCAAGUCGAACAUUGCAAUCUUCUUUCGUUCGACAAUCAUUUCUCUUACAAACGUCACGAUUGUUAUCAACGCCUCAACUUCGCCAUGCUCAAACUCAGCAGACAACAGGCGAUUAUCCAACAUCGAAUUCACGUCGGCGUUAUCGGUAUUAUCUACUAUCAAUCGCUGCUGGUAUUGCUAUCGGCGCCGCUUACACACUACGUCAAUCACGAAAGUACGAAGGUCUCAUGCCGGAAUAUAUGUCCAACGUCGAACCACUUGAACGCAAAGCAAUGGAAGCUCGACCAGUUCCACCACCGGUAACAAAACAUAUUACAUUCGAUGAACCACCAAGAGAAAAUUUUCCAUUUAAAUUAACUCUCUACCAAUAUGUUACUUGUCCGUUCUGUUGUAAAGUUCGUGCAUUUCUCAACUAUAAUCGUAUCCCAUACGAUAUAGUCGAAGUGAAUAGCGUUAUGCGUUCUGAAACAAAAUGGUCAUUGUAUAAAAAAGUACCAAUUCUCGUUGUUGAAAACGAAGAAAUACAAUUGAAUGAUUCGAGCAUGAUUAUUUCUGCUAUUGACUCAUAUCUUCGCAUGCCGACGAAACGAUUUCAAAAUAUUUCGAAAUUGUAUCAAGCAGUGAUUGAAAGAGAUGAAAAAGGAAAACUAUCGUUUAAUUAUCCAAAUAAAUAUUUCCUUGUUGAACCAUUAGUGGAUGAUCGAUUGGAUCCAACGAGACAAGUUCAAACUGAGAAGACGAAAAACGAUGUAUCUGAUAUUCAGACAACAAUCGUCGCUGAAAAUUCAUCAUCGGAAUCGUUUUUUUCACGAUUCUUUGGCCGAGGAAAAGCAAAGAAUGAACAAGGUUUAACAACCGUCGGCGCAGGCAGUGUUCGUAAAAAUGAACCAAAACCAAGUCAUCACAAGUCCAGCGAACAAUACAGAUUAGAACGCAAAUGGCGUGAAUGGGUAGACACAAAAUUUGUUCAUACUUUAUCGCCAAACAUCUAUUGUACUUUACGGCAAUCAUUGAAUACGUUUCGUUGGUUUUCACAAGCAGGAGAUUGGGAGCAGAUCUUUCCAUGGUAUCAACGUUGGAUUAUUGUUUAUGUCGGUGCAAUUGUUAUGCGAGGCGUCGCUGGAAAAUUGAGGAAGAAGUAUAAUCUCAACGAUGAUGUUCGAGUUUCUCUCUACGAAUGUGGAAAUGAAUGGGUCAAAGCAGUUGGAAACAACAGUUUUCUCGGAGGAUCUCAACCGAAUCUGGCUGAUCUAAACGUCUAUGGUAUUCUAACAGCUAUUCAAGGCACUGAAGCAUUUCAAGAUCUUAUGAAUCAUACUAAGAUCCAGCCAUGGUUCGAGCGUAUGAAACAUUUGGUCGAACCUCACUUUGCUGAUAAUCGUAUUCGUGUUACUACUUAA